UCGAGCGUCCCGCCACGUCAGUCUCCGUCCGGGAGCCUAUCCCGCGCUCCGCCUGUGGUGAGGUGGACGCGUUGUGCCGGGAAGAGGCUUCAAGAAAAAGGCCUCUCCUGGAGCAGCUCCCCGAAAACCUGCCUAGGCACACCUGGCUCCCCCAACUGGCCAGAGACAGGGAGAACCGUUGACUCCCUCAGGAUCAUCACCUCACCUAGCAUUGCAAACCACAAUGAAGAACCAAGACAAAAAGAACGGGGCUGCCAAGCAAUCAGGCAGCUCUUCCAACCCAAAAAGCAGCCCAGGGCAAGCGGAAGCAGGACCAGAGGGAGCCCAGGGGCUGCCCAGCCAGUCGGCCCCUGCAACAGAAACUGAAGGUUCCUCCAGCCAGGCUCCAGGGAAGACCGAGGCCCCUUCAUCCUCUCCUGCUGUAGGAGCACAAGCCAAAACGUCUCCAUCUGGGGCCCUCCGUGAUGUCUCUGAGGAGCUGAGCCGUCAGUUGGAGGACAUCUUGAGUACAUACUGCGUGGACAGCAAUCAGGGGAGCCCAGGUGAGGAUGGGGCACAGGGUGAGCCUGCUGAAUCCGAAGAUGCAGACAAGUCCCGCACCUAUGCCUCGAGGAAUGGGGAGCCUGAGCCAGAGACCCCAGUAGUCAAUGGUGAGAAGACCUGCAAGGGAGAGCCAGGCACAGACGAGAUCCGGGCAAGUGAUGAUGUUGGAGACCGAGACCACCGAAGGCCACAGGAAAAGAAGAAAGCCAAGGGUCUGGGAAAGGAGAUCACGUUACUGAUGCAGACAUUGAACACGCUGAGUACCCCAGAGGAGAAGCUGGCAGCUCUGUGCAAGAAGUAUGCUGAACUGCUGGAGGAGCACCGGAACUCCCAGAAGCAGAUGAAACUCCUGCAGAAGAAGCAGAGCCAGCUGGUGCAGGAGAAGGACCACCUGCGGGGCGAGCAUAGCAAGGCCAUCUUGGCCCGCAGCAAGCUCGAAAGCCUGUGCCGUGAGCUGCAGCGCCACAACCGUUCCCUCAAGGAAGAAGGCGUGCAGCGGGCCCGGGAAGAGGAAGAGAAACGCAAGGAGGUGACUUCGCACUUCCAGGUCACACUGAAUGACAUUCAGCUACAGAUGGAACAGCACAAUGAGCGUAAUUCCAAGCUGCGCCAGGAGAAUAUGGAGCUGGCAGAGAGGCUCAAGAAGCUGAUUGAGCAGUAUGAGCUGCGAGAAGAGCAUAUCGACAAAGUCUUCAAACACAAGGACCUACAGCAGCAGCUGGUGGACGCCAAGCUCCAGCAGGCCCAGGAGAUGCUGAAGGAGGCAGAGGAGAGGCACCAGCGGGAGAAGGAUUUUCUCCUCAAAGAGGCUGUGGAGUCCCAGAGGAUGUGCGAGCUGAUGAAGCAGCAAGAGACCCACCUGAAGCAGCAGCUUGCCCUAUACACGGAGAAGUUCGAGGAAUUCCAGAACACUCUUUCCAAAAGCAGCGAGGUGUUCACCACAUUCAAACAGGAGAUGGAAAAGAUGACUAAAAAGAUCAAGAAGCUGGAGAAAGAAACCACCGUGUACCGGUCCCGGUGGGAGAGCAGCAACAAGGCCCUGCUGGAGAUGGCUGAGGAGAAAACACUCCGGGACAAAGAGCUAGAGGGCCUGCAGGUGAAAAUUCAGCGACUGGAGAAGCUCUGCCGGGCACUGCAGACAGAGCGCAAUGACCUGAACAAGAGGGUACAGGACCUGAGUGCUGGUGGCCAGGGCCCCCUCACUGACAGUGGCCCUGAGCAAAGGCCAGAGGCUGCCACUGUCUCCAAGGAGCAGGGUGGCGAGGGGCCCGGGGCCCAAGCACCUAGUUUCCCAAGGGCCACAGAAGCUCUUUGCUGCCCUGGAGCACCGAGCACAGAAGCAUCAGGCCAAACAGGGCCCCAGGAGCCCACUUCCACCACCGCCUAGGGAGCCUGGUGCUGGGGGCGUGCUGGGAAGGGAGCAGGCAGCCCAGCCAAGCCUGGCCCAUGUGAGGCUCCCACUGCUAAGCAGUCCAGUGCUCUGGCCCAGGGUGCUCUGACUGGGCUGGCAUCUGACACUUCGCAGUUUUGGAUUUUGUGGGUCAGUUUUACGUAUAUAUGACCUGUGCAAGGCCGCAUUUAUAUCUGUAAGUGUAAAAUGGGCUUGCAUUGGAGGCGGGGUGUGUACAGAUGAAGUCAGUGGCUCAUCUGUGAUCUGAAGAGUCUUAAAGAGGAGCUGUUAUCUGUAGCUGCCUUCACAGUGAGCUGGCAGGACGAGUAACUUGAACAUUUCCCUGCCUGGCUUGAGGCUCACACCCCUCCGUCCCUGCCCUUCAGGGCUCAUGACAAGUGACACACCCAGGCCUUGACGGUGUUUCUCUUGUUAGCAGGGCUUGGGCAGCUCUGGCUCUUCCAGCUCCUCUGGAAGCUCCUUUGCUUCUCUUGACCUGGAAGAAGGAUCCCCAGGCAGAGCCUUGGCAGGGCGCUCAGAGCUGGUGGUCAGACUGCUUUCCUGCCUAGGACAGGGGACCUGGAGAAUGUCUGUGUGAGAUGAUGCUCUGGUAGGGAGCCCCUCGGGCGUCACUUCCCCUGCCCUCUGGUAGUGCCAGGACCAGGCCAAUGAUGCUUCUCAGUAGCCUUAUCAUUCACAGGUGCCUCUAGCCUGCACAAAUGAUUAACAAGAGAUCACCCAAAGGAUUCUUUCUGAAGGUUUUUUUGUUUUUGUUGCACAUGACGACAGUGUUUGUACUGGGGAUUUGAGGGAGUUGGAGAGCUCUAGUAGUGGUGCCUGGGUUCCUGGCCUCUAGUGCCCCACCACCACCACCCCAACUGGCAGCUUUGCCAUGUUGGCGCUUAGGUUUCCUGUUUGAUGAAAUCAGAUUGUAGUUAAAAGAAAGGGCUUCCGAUGGCUUUGCCACAAGCUUACCUAUGUGUUUCAAUCCUGGAAGGCCACCACUGAUUCCCAUCACCACUGUCUCCAUGCAGCAGUUGCUGGGCCUCAAACCCAGUUGUCCUCCUUGGCUUUAUGAGUCUGUUUCUGCUUCCUGUCCCCACCCCCAAUGUGCAAUCCUUGAGAUUUGCCUUGGUUUCAUUGCCCAAGGAAUAAGAGCUGAGGUGUGUCCUCCUUGACAUACCACUUCUUCUUUCUGUGUGAGAGCCCCAGCUCUUGUCUGACAACUAAAGCGUAAGAAUGAGACUCAAUAAUUGAGCCUCAGAAAUCCACAAAAUGGCUGCAGAUAUAUGUCUGUUCCCGUCCCAUCCCUCAUCCCGCCUCUUACAUGUUACUCUACUCUGAAAGUUCUGGUUGUAAACUUGCCUGGGGUAUUAGCCAGUCUUUGUACAGAGCAAUUUUCUGGAACAACAGAAUGAGUCUUUAGUCAGGAAGCAGAGCUCUGCUGGGCUCGAGGUACUGUACACCACCCCCCCAGCCAGGUGUCAGCUUCAGUGUAGCUGAGGGAGCCAAAGACCAAGGUGGAAGGGAUGCUUGAGCUGCUGCUGCUUGCUGUAUUUCUUUGAAUCUAGUUCAUUAUUACAUAUGUCCCUUCAUCUUCCACAACUAGCCUGCUCUUUCAGCCCUUAACUUAAAUCCCUCUUAUUAAAGUAGGUUCAUGAAGAGUAUUAAGUACUCCUGAAUCAUGUUCUGACUUAGACCAGGGAUGGCAAAUGAAUGGCAUUUCAUUUCCCCUCAGCCCCCAUGGUAGGUACCACCAAUCUGCUUCAGAGUAUUUCCUGCUCACCCCUGGUAUUUCUUUAUUUCUCACGGUUCCCUCAGCAGCCAGUAUACGUGCUGAGACCUGUUUGCCAUCCCUGGCUGAGAUACUGCUCUCCUGUGGAGAAGUGUAUCCUAAAAUCUUUCCUUCCCCUCUGAAAUGCCUGUCUGAAUGGUCCCUGAACAUGCCUCUACCUGCUCCAGUAAGGCUCCAUCCCCGAGCCCCUGUGCCAGGCCGAGGUACACAAGAGCUGCCAACCCCAUACAGGGUUUGCUGGGCUAUGGAAGCACAGGAGAGAGGUAGAAGCUUCUGCCUGCUCCCCUUCAAGGUCAGGAAGGCCAGCAGUGGCCCACAUGAUUGCCUGCCUCACUUCAGCUACCUCUUAAAGCCCAUGGGGUUGGGGGGAGGGGGCUGUCGGAGCCCAGCGUGAUGGGAUGGGAACUCCGCUGCAUAGCACAGCAGCCCUCUGAAACCAAGUCUAGCCACUAAGGAGCUACAGUGAGCAAGGUGGCCCCAGCUGGGCUCCCCAGGUCAGAAAUACAGGCCCUGGGCAGAGUAGAACCUUUCCUCAGCUCUAGGUGUCCUGGCCAGGCUAUAGGUGGGGAUCCCAUCCUUCCUUUAACUCCAUUGACCAAAUCUUACCAAUCACUACAGCUACUCUGCUUUCCAAAGUCAGCCCAGGUACCUGGAUGAUGCGUACAUCAGCCAGGAGCCUGGGUCAGAUGCAGGGGAGGUGGCCUAUCUAUGAAAGAAGGCCAGUGCCUUCCCCGCCAGGGCAGGUCCCAUGCACAUGACCUCAGUCCUAGGACCAAGAGUUGUGUUGGUUUCUUAGAUGGCUGGCUUUUCCUCCAGGGAACCACAGUAGGUGAGGCUUGCAGCCCUUGGCUCUGCUGACAGUAAUUUCUGCAGGACCUUAUCCAGCUGAGAGCUUCAUGUACACCAGAUUCUGAGGUGUCAGCAGCACUUUUUUUUUUUUUUUUUUCCAUGAGGUUUUUGGACCAUGGGCUGCUCAGGCACUUUUCUGUAAGAGAAUGUUAUGUCUCUAAAGAUGGUUAUUUCCCGUCCCCCACCCAUUGUGGUGACCCUGCAGAGGGCUGACCAAGAGGCCAGUGGAGCUGCCUGCCCUGGUAUCUAUGGGGGAGGGUCAAGGCCUGCUGAGCUGAUUCUCCAGCUGCUGCUCCAGCCCUCCCACCUCGCACAGCACAGGUGGUCACCCCAGGGACAGCCAGGCACCUGCCUGGGGGAGGGGUGCUGCCUUCUGUCCCUGUAACUGCUUCCCUUAUGGCCCAACCUGGCCACUGGAUUUGUUUGAAGCUGUGUUGGCAGCUUUUUUGUCUCAUUUUGGUAUUCACAACAGCCAGGGACUUGAUUUUGUUGUAUUUUAAACCACAUUAAAGAGUCUGUUGCCUUAC